AUGACGCCUAACGCGCCUCAAGCUCUUUCGGCUGGCACUACGAGCUCUGGAAAGCCCGAGUCGCAAAUUGUCGUGGAAGAACCUUCCCAGAAAUUCACCCCAAAGGCAGACGCCAGAAAGCACAGAUUCGAAACUCAGCCCCAUGGAUACCUAGCUGACAAGAUUGCAACAUUCCUGCGGGCGCUUUGGCAGCUCGGACGUAAUACUUUCCAAAAGGAGAGGACCUCGGAAGCCGCAGACGACACGGAGGGCUCGGAGGCAGCUCACCGCUUGCGGCUGAUCAACCGCGAAUUUUUUGACAGCUGCUACCUAUCAGACCUUAGCACUGAGGAGAAGGCCCCGUGGCAGGAGUUGUACAAAUUUGUCAAGGAAGAAGUCCGAGGUAAUCAGGAUGCAUGGCGCCGUGCUGCGCUGGAUGAGGACAUGAAUGCGAUGGUGCGCAUGUUGUUGCCCAUGAUGGUGAACAGCAUCGGCUGCAACGUGGCGCAGAGCGUGGUGGCGGCGGUCGCACCGGAGGCGGCGUGCAGCGGCACGGUGGACGGGCACCAGCUGGCCAUGAUUGUUCUUCAGACGUUGGUGGCACGGCUGGACGGAGUGGCCAAUAUGCUGCUAGCCAACUGGUCACGUAUCUCCUCGGGCUUGGAGGAGAUUGAGUCCGCCAGCGGGGCCGCCAGCACGGUUGACCUGAUGUCGCAGAUGGUGAACCUGGCGGCAAGCAUCAUGGGAGGCGGGUCGCUGCCGCCGCCGUCGCCAGUCCCGCCAUCGCAAGCAGCAUCUGCGCCCCAGCCACCUCACCCACAGGCAUCGCCAGCACCUGCACCUGCAGCAGCAGCGCCAACGCCAGCGGCGUCAGCUGCUCCCGGGCCCGUGCCUCCUGCAACGACUUCACCAGAGGUUCCAUCUGCACCCUUGGGACCGGCAAAUUCUCGUGGAAGAACCUUCCCAGAAUUCUCCCCAAAGGCAGACGCCAGAAAGCACAAAUUCGAAACUCAGCCCCAUGGAUACCUAGCUGACAAGAUUGCAACAUUCCUGCGGGCGCUUUGGCAGCUCGGACGCAAUACUUUCCAAAAGGAGAGGACCUCGGAAGCCGCAGACGACACGGUUGUCCCAAGCCGGCGCCUCCGCCUCAGCUCCGGGCCCAACAUGGGCUCAAAGACCUGUUUGGCCUGUACAACACCACCAUGA